CGCUAAAUAAAAUUGUGACAUUGUAUUUUAACAGUUAUCAUCAUUUAUUAGGCUACUAUAUAUUUAAUUAAUUGUUAUUGAGAGUCAAAGAUCAAGUUGACACUUGGGAUUUCCUGUGUAAAUCUCAUGUGAUUACCAUAAGGUUUCUUUGAACUUUUUCACACAAACUGUCUACAAGUGACAUGGAUGUAGAAGGACUGAAGUCACGCCUGGCCGAAGCUAACCAGGAACAUCUGAUGAAAUAUUGGGAUCAACUCUCAGAUAGUGAAAAAAGCCAACUCUACAAUGAACUUAACCACCUGGACUUCAAAGAAAUCAAUGGAUUCUUUAAAUCUGCAAUGGAAGACCUAGCCUCUGCCUCAGAAAAACUAGAUGAUCUCUUGGAGCCCCUGCCCAAGGAGGUGUGUGGCCGAGUCGUCAACACGCAACAGGAGGAUCUACUUCAGUAUGAUGUAGAUGGUCUGACUGAAAUCGGAGAGAGUCGUGUGGCUGUUCUACUGUUGGCUGGUGGGCAGGGAACCAGGCUUGGUGUCCCGUACCCCAAAGGAAUGUACAACGUGGGCCUACCCUCAGGAAAAACACUCUAUCAGUUACAGGCUGAGCGCCUUCUGAAGCUCCAGAGGCUGGGGGAGGCAGUGACGGGAAGCAGUUGUAAGAUACCUUGGUAUAUUAUGACCAGUGAGCAUACUAAACAAGCCACUCUGGACUUCUUCAAGAAGAACCAGUACUUUGGUCUUCAAGAGGAGGAUGUGGUUUUGUUUGAACAAAGUCUCCUCCCAUGUAUAGGAUUUGAUGGCAAAAUCAUCCUAGAAAAGCCCCACAAGGUGGCUCUAGCUCCAGAUGGCAAUGGAGGCUUGUACCGGGCUUUGCAUAUAAGUGGUGUACUGAAGAAUAUGGAGGCCAGAGGGAUCAAAUAUGUCCAUGUCUAUUGUGUAGACAACAUACUGGUCAAAAUGGCUGACCCAAUCUUCAUUGGAUUCUGUAUGAGCAAAGGAGCUAACUGUGGAGCCAAGGUUGUAGAGAAAGCAUUUCCUACUGAGGCUGUCGGUGUUGUUUGUAAAGUAGAAGGUAAAUAUCAGGUUGUUGAAUACAGCGAGAUAACCCUAAAAACUGCAGAGAAACGAGAUGCUAACGGGAGGCUGAUGUUCAAUGCUGGCAAUAUCUGUAACCAUUUUUUCACACUGGACUUCCUGAAGUUUGUGUCGGAACCAACACAAGAAAAACAGUUAAAGCACCAUGUUGCUAAAAAGAAGAUUCCUUAUGUUAGUGAAGAAGAUAGCAAAGUCACAUUAAAACCUGACUCUCCUAAUGGCAUUAAAAUGGAAAAAUUUGUCUUUGAUGUGUUUCAUUUUGCAACGGACAGGAGUUUUGCUGUAUGGGAGGUUAUCCGGGAGGAUGAGUUUGCUCCCCUGAAGAAUGCGGACACCGCUGACAAGGACACUCCCACCACGUGUCGGCGCUCACUGCUCAAUCUCCACCACCGCUAUCUCCUGGCGGCUGGGGCCGAGUUUGUGGACAAAGACGGCAACCUCAUCCCACAUAUACCCAGUCAAAAGAAAGGAGAAGAAAAAGGCAGUGGAGAUCGUCAAAAAGGAGAGGAUGAAGCAAUGUUUGUGGAGAGUGAGAUCUCGCCCCUUGUGUCGUAUGCUGGAGAGGGUCUUCAAAAGUUGGUAGAAGGUAGAAAAUUUACUACUCCUGUUCAUCUUAGCCAGGACUUCACUAUGGAUGAACCAGAAAUUGUAGAGGGAGAGUGGUGAAUGUAGCGGGGAGAAAAUUCACGAGAGGUGUAAUAUGAAACCAGAAAACAGCUUCAGAACAUGACAUAGUUUGAGUCAUUGAUAAUCGUACAUCUUGCACCCCAAUUUAUGAUUUCUGUGCUUUUUUUAUGUUUGUAUUCUGGAAACCCCAACCAUGGCAGCUACUGUACCAUUUUAUUUUAGGUGUUGUCAUUCCAAAGGAAUUAAAUUGAAAUGUAUUAUAAGAUAUGAAACGAAGAGAGGUUUACACUGCUGUACAGCAUGCAUUUUCAUUUGUAAUAAUCUAAUUACAUGUACUGAUUGAAGGAAAACGUUAUCAUAAAAUUGUUCAUAUAAUUUUUGUACAACCAAGAGACAGUCUGAGGCUGUCUAUCAAAUAUUAACUACAUGGUAAUCAUUUAAAAUUUGAUAAGAAGAUCAGGUCAAUACCAGAAUUGUGAAAUUCAUGGUCCCAGGGACAAGGCUUUGAUGCUAGGGUUGGAACCUAAUUAAUGGUUGUAUGGUUGAUAUGCAUUAAUUCUUUAAAAAUCUUUGCUCUUUUACUAUCUGAACAGACCAAUUUGAGUGAAUGCUUAUGGAGACUAAGGAUACCUCCAAAUAAACAUGUCUUUUAUGGGCCAGGGGAUUUUGUGUUAGGGUGGGGCUCUACUGGUCGUAAAGUUAAUAUUGAACAAUUUUUUUUCCAAAACUUCCAUUUAAACCACUUGUCAUUUACAUGUAUGCAUAGUAAAUGGUUAUUUGUGAGGGGAAACCUUUACCAAAAUCAUGUUGGUUUGGGGUUCAGUUGCAGAGUCAUAAAACAUUCUUCUUUAUUUCCAUUUUAAGAAUUCUUCUCAAAUGAUUGUUCAAGUCCUUUGGGUUGCUUCUUUUUUAUUGCGAUAAAAAACAAUCUAUUGUAUUUGAUUAUUAACAUCAGUUUGUUUAACUGGUUAUCUUGUUCUAUAAUUUAAACUUAAAAUUUAAUUAACUUAUUAAGUUGAACAUUUGUUAUAAGAAUAGAAAAACGGACAUUUGCAUGAAUAAAGUAUUAUUAUUUUGUUUUACAAGAACUGUGACAAGACUAUGUAUUGGAUGUUUGGUAUGUAAUCUUUAUAUACAUUCAUGAACUAAUUUUGUCUUUUGGGGUAUUAUUUUAACCUAUUUGUGUAAAUCUUGUUAUUUUUUUAAUGCUGUUACAGGACCAAUUUGUUAGUGAUUUUGGUGCAUUGUACAUUGUUACCAUGAAUUUAUCUGUUUUAACACUGAAAUUAUCAUGACUUAUGUACAUUGGACAGUAUAUUGAACUUUUCAUUACCUACAUGUAUGAAAUAAAGCAAAUAUAUACUUAAUAAAAAUAUUUUAAUAUCAUGAAUGUAUUGAACCUACUGUAUUGGUUUCAACAAAUUUUCCAUGUAUUUAUUGAGUGGAGAUUUUAAUCUUUCCCGGUAAAUAAGAAUAUUCUAUGUCAAUUUUCUCCUUUAGUAUAUUCGGUUAUAUAUUUUAAGUGCUUGUUUAUUGGCAUUACUUGCCUCACAAAAUUGUAAAUUUGUAAAGAUGUGUUAUGUGUAUAUGAAUAUUUGUCUUGACAUUUAUUAAUUUCUUGAUAGAAAUAAAACGCUGGAAUCUAUCAUAAAA